CGUCCUUCUACCCUUGAACCUUACGCUCUCCCACCUACCGGCAGCAUUGUCGACCACGUCAACACUUGAGCAUCGGCUACUUCCCCCGAAACGCGUCAGCCAUGAUGAUGGACGGCGGCUGGGAGGACCAUCUACACUUCGGGUUUCUUGGCGAGCAUGUCUUGGUCGACGGCCUGCAUCUUGAUUCCGCGCCCUCUUUCUUCAUCGCCUCCCUCCUCACCAUUGUCAUCUGUACCUCCGAGAGAAUCUUGACAUAUGCCGUUUCCAAGCAGUGGCAUCCGUGGAGGGGCCAUCGCCCCUCCCGCGUGGGAUUGGCGUUGUGGCGGGCGUGCCUAUACUGGCUGGUGACCCUUGAUAGACUGAUGUACAUGCUCAUAGGCAUGACAUUCAGCAUAGGGCUGAUUAUCGUCGCAGUCACCACCCUCGCCGUGGGCCAGUUCGUGAUCGAAUACCUCGAUCUGGGUGAAAGACCGGUCUCUGACUCAUCUCCGCCCAGCAAUGAGAACGUCCACGUAAAAGAACCCCUCCUCCGCUCGUCCGAGGAGGCCUACGAGCCCGAGACUUCCUACCCUCCGUCGCGUCAAAGCCGCUCCCGUGCCCGGUCAAAACCCGAGAGCAUUUUCAUCCAUCCCAACGAAUCUAACCUUGCUCGCGCGGACGCCGCAGCGGUUCAGCUUGGACUUUCUGGGGACACGGACCUCGUCAAGGGCAACGUCUACCCUGCCGACGGCGAGACGUGGGAGCAUGGCCGGGGGCGGGAUACCGCUCGGGAACUACUCGGCCGGUGA